CAGGUGAAGGCAGUUCAGCUGUGUGAGUGGAAGUGGUGGAGCCUGGCUGCACCUCUCUUAAACCUCAUUUAAGGGCAGUGGGGAAGGGUCUCCUCUCUGUGAGCCAAGAUCUUUGAGGCAGGUGAGCACCUUUGCGUUUCCUGUGAAAUACCAUCCUGUCUGUGCUGGUUCCUUUGCUGUUACGUUCCUGUACUGCCCUUCCACCCUAUUAAUUUUUCUGAUUGUAACAUCUGGUUACUGGUGUUUGGCUUCUGUGCUUCAUAAUGAAAACAGAUUUUUCUAAUAAACUGUGAGGUGUGUUGUGUUUUAGAAGAACAGUGCCUGUUCAUCAGUUGUAUAUUACCAUCAAUUAAAAAAAAAAAAACCACAGAAAAUUCAAUAAUACCUGAUAUUAUUAUUACCAGCCUGUAAACUGCUGACAGUGCUGUGAAUUUUUGCAGCAGUGCCUUCUGUCUGUUGGGAGGUUGCUGUCUUUUCCUUGGAUAGCAGUGUGCUCCCCCUAGGAAUCAUGCCAGCUCCCUUCUUGCUCUUGGCCAACAGGGCAGCAGUGCUGAAAGGAGCCAGGAGGAACUGCUCUGCUGCAAUGAGAGCAGAUACAGGAGGGAAUCAGUAAUGAUUGCUAACCUGUAGAGCAAUCUGUUAGCAACUGGCUUUCAUCUCAAAAUUAAUAUUGAUAAAAGCUUAAGUUCUCUGAUAUCCUGGAUACCGGUUUAACUGAUAAAGCAGCCAAUUCACUGAUAAUGUUGUUUAAGUAGUAGUGAAUGAUUAAAGCGGCAGGAUCUGGAUUCUGUGCAAAUAAAGUAGUGUGGAAAUUAUUGAUAGCAUGCACAAAAAUGAGUGCAAUAAAAUAAUAAGUACCACAUGUUAUCUUGUUUUUGCUGUCAAUACAUUAUUUGUUCAGGUAAAGUGUGGGUAGUGUCUGAUUGACAGCAAUAAUUAGUUUUUGUUAAGUUUGGUAAAAACCCAUCUGCCUGAAUGUGCUGUUUCCUAAAUACCACAUGUAGUACAACAGGGAAGGGAAGGUGGUCACAAACUUGGUCUGAUGUGUCCCCGUCCAAAGCUCUGCUGACACUUAGAUUAGAAUACUGACCUUUGAGUUGAGCUCACAGAACAAAUGUUCUGUUAAUAAAGAUAUUUGAACUUGCUUAGUACUGAGUUGACAUCAGAUCUUUGUAUUUGAAAGUUACAGCUGUGGGAGAAACCCCAAAGCAGUCGGUGAUCCCAUGGGCUGGAUCUGAUAUGCUGCCUGGGCCAUUGGGAAGGGUUGUCGGAUACCCUGUGUGCUGUUAUGUAAACACUUUCUUUACAUAGAACAAACAAAAAUCCAGGGAGUGGUUUGAACCUUCUCUAUCAUUUUACGUAGCUCAGGCUCUGUAUCUACAAUUAAAGGCUGUGCUAUAGCCUUUUUUUUUAAUGCCUUUAAAAGCACACAACUGCAAUGUGGGCUUCGCUGUGAAUAACUUAACCUAGAAAUUAGUGGGACGGAAGGUCUGAUCCUGUUCCUGCUGGCUGUCUGAGAGCACGGACUCUGUGCUGGGAGCAGGCAGGCUGCUCAGGGCGCUCACAGCGUGCUGUGCAUCGCCGUGCUGCUGAGCGUGAGAAAGCAGGCAGGGAUGUUAUGGUGCAAUUCCAGGACAGCUUUUGGAGCAGGCCGUUCAGUGCUGACUAAAGCCUGUCUUGAAGAACAGGAGGAGGAGCCCACAUGAUUUGCCUUGUAUUAUGUGCUGCUUUAGCUGAUGUGGGGCAGCUCCCUUCUCCACAAGGUCAGAAGAAGAGCGUAGGCAGAGGAUGGAUGCCUCUUCUUCCAGUCGUGCUGUGUUCCGAAUGUCUUCACCUGCUGAUGAGCUAUGAAAGUUACCCUCUUUGUGCAAGGUGACAGUUGUGUAGGUUUGGAUUCAGUAUUAUUUGCACACGUGUGCACAGGUAACCUCUGUAGGUGGUUAGGAAGGCUGGCUGCAAAGGAGGGUUUAAUAUUCCCAGUUUUCCAGAUGCAGCUGAACUGCUUCUCUGCAGUGGGACAUCACUGUAGUGGAACGGCCUUGGACACUUCAUUGAAGCUGAAUAAUUCCAGGGGACGAGGCUGGCUUAUAUGUUAUUUGUGUGUUGCAGGCGUAAUUACAGCAGACUUUCUAUCAGGAUUAUUUCACUGGGGGGCAGAUACCUGGGGAUCUGUGGAGCUACCCAUCAUUGGAAAGGCUUUCAUCAGACCAUUUAGAGAACAUCAUAUUGACCCUACAGCAAUUACCAGGCAUGAUUUCAUAGAGACCAACGGAGACAACUGCUUCAUGACGUUGGUCCCAUUGGCAAACAUGGCAUACAAAUUUGUUUCCUUUUCCCCAGAAGCAUUGUAUGAAACAUGUCCUUGGGAGUGCUAUGUCUUUGCCCUUAUCAUCUUCAUAACCAUGACGAACCAGAUUCACAAGUGGUCUCACACGUAUUUUGGUCUUCCACGCUGGGUCAUCUUUCUACAGGACUGGCAUGUUAUCCUGCCUCGGAAACAUCACAGGAUUCACCAUGUGUCUCCACAUGAGACAUACUUCUGCAUUACAACUGGUUGGCUGAACUAUCCAUUAGAGAAGAUCGGAUUCUGGAGGUGUUUGGAGAACAUGAUCCAAGGACUUACCGGGGAGAAGCCAAGAGCAGAUGACAUGAAAUGGGCUCAGAAAAUUAAAUAACUUUUGCCAGCUGUCUGCAGUCCUUACCUUUGUUGCCAAUUUUUUUUUUUAAAGAAGCCAUCAGCCAAAUUCAAGACCUGCAAAGAAAUAACAGACUCUAAAGCACAAACUAAGAAGUGCUAACAGACUGUAAUUUAAAGAACUAAUUCUUAAAACAAUACUUGAAGAUGAUUACUUUUACUGAGCACCUUUUGUUUAGCCAAGUCGCUUACAUCCUAGAAAGUACUUCAUCACUGUAUUUUGUAAAGCUGUCAGGCAAGCCAGAAGGCAGGACAGUUACUUCAUUGGUACGUGGUGGCUUUGUAAACGUGUUGUAUCAACAUUAUUUAACACUUCAAAAAUAGCUUGUUGCCUACAACCUUUGGGGGGAAUGGUGACCACAGUUUGUCACUUCAUGUUUGAGUCCAAAUAACACUGCAUGAAAACAGUGUGUCAGUACUGGAAGCCUAUAAAAUCAUCACUGUUCAAUGCACUCUUUGUUUGGUAAACUUGCAGCUCCAUCUUUGCUAUCAUGUUAAAUCUAAUUGAUGUAAUGUGGAACAGAACUUUGAGUAUCCCACUCCACCAGUGGGUCAUGAAUCCUUAAGUGUCCUCAGUUUCCCUUAACAUAAAAUUGUUCUACUCUCUACGUGAAAUUGGGCAAACCAUUUCUGUAUAAGCCUUCAGUAGUACCUUAACAACUGCCUGAGGAGAGGGAGGGCACAGCACAUGCUUGCAUUUGUUUGUGUGGAGUGCUCACUGCUGAGCCUUCUAUUAAGUGUUUCCUACCCUGACAAUAAAUGUUUGAAAUAGUUAUAGCAUUGGGCACAUUGCAAAUAGCUGUAUUCAAGAGCUCAAGGUAUCAAACUUGUAAUGUUAGAAGGGAAACGUCAAUGACUGAUGUUUUGUUCAUAUUUUUUUUAAGGUGCUUGCUUGUUUCUGUAAAUAAUAUAAGGCCUUAAUCUCUUCUGGUGUAACGGAAUAAUAUUUUAAUGUGAUGUUUGAAUGUAUAUAAUAUAUUUAUAACAGAGCAAUUGGAUAAUACUAAUCAUAUUUGUUA